AUGGCCGACGCUGCCCAGGAAGAAGGAAAAAGUACACCGAAGGUGUCCACGUUAGCAUCUCUUUCCUCUCUUCUCUUUCUCUGUUUCUCUCUUCUCUUCUCCACCCUUACGUCCAUAGCGCACUUCGCGCGGCGGCAGCGGCGCGGCAUCUGCGUGCUCAGUAGGGCCGACGCCGUGACCGACGUGGCCCUGCGCCAGCCGGCCGCGCCUGGCGCCGUGGUGGCACUCCGUGGGCGGUUCGAGAUCCUGUCCCUGACGGGGACGUUCCUGCCGGGGCCGGGGCCGCCCGGCUCCACCAGACUGACCGUGUACCUCGCUGGCGGGCAGGGGCAGGUGGUGGGGACGCUCACCGCAGCUGGGCCGGUCAUGGUUAUCGCGUCCACCUUCGCCAACGCCACCUACGAGAGGCUGCCGCUCGAUCAGGAGGAGGAGGAAGCUGCGGCAGGCGGCGGAGGACACAUGAUGGCGCCGCCGCCACUCAUGGCCGGCGCCGCCGAUCCUGUACUGUUCGGUGGGGGAAUGCACGACGCCGGGCUUGCUACACCUGCAUGGCACCAUGCCCGCCCUCCGCCGCCGCCGCCCUACUAGCUCUAGCUAGAGCUUCAUGAAUUCCUUGCUUAAUGGGCACAUAUACUCACAUGAUAUAUAUGAUCAACAAGCUAUAGCUAGCCAGCUUGAGCUAAUUAAUUAAUUAACAAAAGGUGAGCCAAUAUAAUGCAAGAUCGAUCCAAGCUAUAACUACGUUUAUACAGGUAAAUUUUAGAGGUUCAAGUGCCAGGGCCAUAUAUAUUUCUCUUUCUCUAGCAGUUGUGUGUAGUAUAUCAGCAAUAGCUUAAUCAAACAUCAUCAAGUAAUUGGUGUGUUGUGUGUUUGGUUUACUUCACAUAUCUAUAUAUGAGUGCUAAACAGAUUAAUUCUGAAUGCCUCUC